AUGAAGCGCGAAAGUUCUGAAGAGGACGAGUUUGUGAAGGAAGAAAAAAUCAGCGCAGAAAAGUAUGCAAAGAGCCUUGCGCAGUACGAGAACGCACUCGCGCUGGACAAGCCCUCGAGUUUUGUGAAGAUCCUUAAAGUGCCGGGCAUAGUAUUCUUUGCAGGGAUAGGAGGAUACGUGCUCGGAUGGAUGGAGUUCAGGCCCUGGGUCAUUGUUCCUCUCCUCUACGUGAUAGGGUUCAUAUUUCUAUCGAGAAUCAAAGAGUUCAAGAGAAGCAUGGAGGCAUUCGUGUAUUUUUCAAUAAGAAAACAAUCAGUGUCAAAAUACGAGAAGGUAGACUGGAUGAACGAGGUAAUGGAGAAGGCGUGGAGAUACGUAGAGUCAAGUGUUUCAAAAGAACUACUGCUGAGAGUGAGCGCAGUCCUCAGAAAGGUAAAGCUGCCCAUGGUGAGCGAUAUUCGGCUCGAUAGAUUUACGCUGGGUGGGCAAUCACCUGUGAUAGAGGGCAUAAGAAUACGCCAGUCCUGCAAGGAGUCUUUGGUGAUGGACGUAACAAUGCACUUUAUACCGGCUGUAUCAGAAGAAAUUCACUCGUCAUUAGAGACCCCGGGAGAUAGCAGAAUUAACUGGAACUCGAACAUCACACUGACAAUAAGAGUAGGCGCAACAGCAGCAGGGAUAGAUAUGCCCCUGACACUGAAGAAUGUGUCAUUUAGAGGAAGUGUAAGAAUCAAGCUAAACUUUACGUACGAUGCAAGCGUCAUAGAAGGCGUUGAGUUCUCGUUUUUGAAGCAGCCUGUAAUAGGCUUCAACAUUGUUCCCCUGAAGAUGAUGGAUAUUAUGGACAUACCAGGGCUUGCAACUGCGAUUAAAAAGGUGAUAGAAGUAGGAAUCGAAAAAGAGGCUCUGUACCCCAAGCGAAUUUCAGUGGCUCUGAAGCCAAAAUCAAAGUAUUACGUAGGAGCCAUUGUUGUGCACAUUCACAAGGUAGUGACAAACAUAAAGAACGAGCUGCUUAUGUCGGUGGGGCUGAAUGGAAGAAAAGGGAAGGAUGUUGUAAGGGUUGACCAAGAUAGCUCCAACUUUUUAGUCUAUCUUCCCAUUAAAAACACAGAUGAUCUUAUUUCAAUGGGCAUCCACAAGAAAGAAGACGAAGUUCCCAUUGCAACAGCCACUAUGUCCAUUGAGCAGAUAUGCAUGCUCUCCAGGACACAGGGCGUCAUACCUUUUUCCAACGGCCAGGGAUACCUAGAUGCUUCUUUUAUGUUCCAUCCGAAGAUAGAUGUAGAUAAAAUGCCAGACGAAGAGAAGCCAAAGUCUGCGAUUGUAACUGUUAAGCUGGUUCAGCUGAUAGAUAUGGUCGAUCUGCUAGGAAUGCCGUAUAAGAACCUUACAGUCAAAGCCACCGUGUAUCUGCGCCAGAAAAGAAUAAAAAAUAAAGACCCAGCUGAUAUGUCAGCCACUGAGCUUAUGCCGGAGAAGAGCGCAAGCCCAGGAUUCUCCGUAACAAACGAGUCAUCAACAGACUCUGAUGAAGAGCUGAAAAAAAAGCCAGCACAACACCAUUCAGUGCCGAACGAAAUACUUGGAGUAUUCACCACAGCAGUUGCAAGGAAUGUAACGAGCCCAGCAUUCGAUGAAAAGUUUGUGUUUUAUACGCGAGAUGCUAAGCGCACCACUAUAUGCAUCGAGGCAUACGACAAAGACAGAGCACUGGGAAGCUUCAAUGUAAAUAUUCGAAGAGGCAUCUCAAUAUCGUACGGUACUUUUGAUUUUUGGCACAUGGCGGCGGGGAGGGCAAAGCUUCUCUUCUCGGCUGAAUAUGCGUUUAUGAUCAAGGUAAAUAUGCAGAAAUACACACACAUCAGAGCUGUUAAGAUACUUAGCAUAAAAACACCAGGAGCAUUUUCAGGUUAUUUAGUGACAAAUGGAAGAGUGGUCCCUGCUACGCCCUUCUUCUCGCACUGCACCGGAGAGUUUAGCGGAUACACGCUUGUUCCCCUUCUUUCUCCGAAUGAAGUAACGAAGUAUGUGGCAUAUGUCAAUGAAGAGGUGUAUGGUGGAUGCAAUAUAAUCUCAGGCGAGUCGUACAUUGGAGAGACAAGGAUCGACAUGAGCUCGGUGGAUUAUCCGUUGUACAAAACAGAAAACACAAAAGAUCAGGAUGGCUCGUCUAAAAACAGCACAGAAGACGAGAAGAAAAGCGAAGUUCAGGAGGUAAAUGAAAAACCAGAAAAACCAGAAAAAAUAGAAGCAUCUUCGCUCCAAAGCGUAGAGCCGCACGAGAAGCCAGAGGUAAAUGAAGAAGUGUGCGAGCCAGAGAAUAAAUCGCCUUUCAUUCAGAUGAGGGUGAUAGUGUGCAGGGUGAACCAUCCGAUAUUCCUGGAGUUCUCAAAAGACGGCGUAGUAGUGGACAGAAGUGCAUCAAGCUCUGGAAAAAAGCUGCACGGUGAGUUCUACUUCUUCACAGAUGUAAGCAUUUCUGUGUUUACGGUUAAGGAAGGGUUUUUGAUAGGAAAGUUCCAUCUUUCUCACUCAAGCGGAAGACACGAGAUAAAACUAACGCACGGCCAGCUCUUUGUCAUAGAUGUGUACAACAGAUACUACACGGGACUCCCUAGACCUGUGAUCGAAAAGGGAACACUUUCGCUGAGCAUUCUGAACAUGGAAGUAGCAGACCUAGCAGAUGCCGAGAUAUACUCCAAUGUUUUUAUAGAGGUAGUUGUGGGAGAGAACUCCAAGGCCACAGCAUCGGUGGGAGACAUUGCAAAUCCCGUCUUCAAUGAAACUUUUUCUUUCCCGGUGUUUGUGCCAAUUGAUGUAGUUGAGAUAAAGGUGUAUGCAUGGACUCUUCUGAAAGAGAAAAAGUUCUUGGGCGAGAUUCUGCUCCCUGCGCUGACAAUUGCGCCAGGCGAGUCUUCUAUUUCAACCGAUGUGCCUGCCAUGUCCAUAGACAGCGGGGCGUCUAUAUACAAAAUAAAUGCAAAUAUGAUUUUGCAAUAA